AAAGGAAAAGUGGAGGGCGAAACGACUUCAAGUCGAUAAUUAUGUUAGUCAUCAACACAAACUGACGCUCGAUCGUCUCGCUCACCGGCAACCGACAACAACAACAGAAGUUAACCUGCUUUGCCACCUAGAAACUCUCCCCUUAUUUUUGUGUUCUGAAACUAUAAAGAACAAAUUCUGUGCGGUUGUUUUCCGGUGACAUUUAUCCCUAUUCUUUUUUUUUUUGCAAUAAAAAAUAGUUUACACUGUCCUGCUUUAAAUGGUCCUUGGGACAAACCCUUUGCCAUCCGUCGGCCCUUAAUUUCAAUUGAUUAUGUCCGGAUAUUUCCAAGUUUAAUUUUACUAUCAGUCUACAAAAAUUUUUUAUAUUUCAUUUUAUUAUGAGAAUCGACGGACACGAGUAUUUACACUCAUGAGCAAGGGUGGCAAUCCUUCUGGAGUAGAAACAUAACCAAAAAAUAAAAAAAAAGAGGAAGAAUGUCAGACUUUAUGAAAUCACUACAGUUCGGCUAUUUAAAAAAUAAGGAAAGAGAUAAUUUUUUCAUAUCCGAUGACGACAAUGAUGAUUUUAAUUUCAAGUACAUUCCGGAAAAUCAGAUGAAAAAUGUAAUAAAGCACGUGAGGAGACAAAAGACAAAAGUCGAUGAAGAAAACGCGUGGGCCUCGUUCGUCGAACAACAAGAUGUCGAACAAUUAUAUCAUCAUCUCAAUGAAAUCGAUUCAAAUUUUCAAAAUGUCAAUUGCUUCACUUCAAAAUGUUUAGUUGCUGAACAAGAUCACUUUCGAUGGGAGGAUGACUUAUUUCCAGAAGAAAUUGCUGACCAGAAAAGUCCUCUAGUGAAGGACAAUGGUAGCGGAAGUACAAAUUUCCUGCUAACAAUUCCCGAGGAGGAUUUACUGAUUCGUGAUCGUUCACGAGAAGUGAUGAAAGAUCGAAAUCGAACAAAUACGCGAAAAGCGUCAUCAGCACCGGGAGUGAGGCGAAAGAAGGAAAAUUCAAAACGACUAAUUAGUGCAAUGAACCACGACAAUGAUUAUAGUUCUACUCCGGAAUUCAGUCCAGAUCGACUGAGUGAUAAGGACGAAAUAAUAUACGUAAGACCCGAUCCAACGAUAGUUGCAAAAAUAGUUGCAACGCAGAAGAAAAUAUCCGAAAUUCUCGACGAGAUUGCCUUUCGACUUGGGAGAAUUCCACUGCCUGACGGUGAUCGUGAUCUCUAUCGACGUCAACAGAGAGUCAUGGAAUUUUCAAUUCGAUUCGCGAGAAACUAUCUCUACGAUCUUGGACGGCAGGUGGCGGAAAUUCGACGACACAUCAAUGCAAUUGCACCGGGUGCAAGGAGAAAAAUCGGCCGCAGAGCAGUGACAUUUCAUGUACAAGUGAUUGAGCAGAAAUUAGCGACUGCUCAUCAGCUAUUGUUGCAUGCAUUGAGCGCUUACUGUAAACAUAUUCCCAGCUCGGUGCUCAAGGGACAUCCGGGUAAAUUGAAGGAUAUUCUCCAAGUUGUUCUCGAUCUCAAGGAGUUCUGCGAGAAAAUUCAUCUUGUUCCGGAUUGUAUUGGCUCUGGCGAUAUGGAAGGAUUACCCCUGGGGAAGGAAACGGAUAAUAAAUGCAGUGCAAUUCUGUCGAAAUUACGACUAAGUUCCGACGAGUCGCAAUUAGUGAGUCACACAACCAGGUCGACGGCUGCGACGACAAUGAGAAGUAAAAGACGAAAUCUUCGUAAGCAAACGACUAAUCGUUUUAGUAUGUACAACAUGGAUCCACGAUUACCGAAAAAUCAGCCGAAUAGACGACCAAAAUCAUUUUCUCAGAAGGAAAAAAGGCGGAGUGUCAAUGUCGUCAAGAAUAAUCGACUACCAACACCGGAAUUCAUCCAUCCGAGUCCGAUUGAUUCGAAAUCUAAGGAACCGACGACAAAAAACGGAUUUUCGAAAAUAAUUAAUCCUCCUAAGGAAGACGAUAUUCAGACGAUAAUGGAAAUUAUACCAACAGAUUCAGAUGCUUGCAGUAGUGUCGACAAUUCAGAUGAAAAUUCACAAGUGAAAAAAGUGACCAGCAAUUUUCAAAAUUUUCAUAAAAUUCAUCAGGCAACAAACGAAGAAGAAUUACAUAGAAAAAUUUCGGAACUAACUGAAGAUCAUCUAUCGAAUCUGGUACCUGUCAUUGCCGAUUUGAUGUCAAUUAUAAAAAACAACCCAAAGGAUAAAGGAAAUAAAUCGAGUUCAUCUGUACCUAUAGAAACUCUCGUGAAAAUUAUUGAAAAAUACCAAAAAGUCAGUGGUUCGAAAGAAAAAUCAAAGAAAACUGCUGAAGGUACAGCAAAAAUUUCUAAACCAAAAAAUGGAAUAUGCUCGGGUUCGAAAAAUAUGCAAUUACUUUGUGUAGAAUCAAAUGAAGAUUAUCAAGAUUAUCAAGAACCUUCUAAAUUUAUCAACGUCUCAUGUCAAGCAAAUGAUUGUUUGACAGAAACAGCAGUCAGAAAAAAUGGCCUCAUUAAUUUAGAAGUAUCAGAUGACUUGGAGUUUCGUCUAUUAGAAUAUAAGCAAAUGUAUCAAUCCAUAACAGAAUCUAGUCAAAUGUACUGUAAUCAUACGCAAAAUAAACCAUGGGAUAUUGUAGCUUGGGUUUCUGAUCAACUUGUCAGUGAACUAAUUGUCGAUUUGUCGAAAGAACUGCAGAUGGACGAUGUGAUAAAGAAACUAUUUGAGCUAGAAUUUCAAGAACUAUAAAUAAUUUUAUAUGUAAAAAAAAAAUGUAAACUAAAUAAUUCAGCAACGUGAUUUUCGUAGAAUUUAUACCGGAAGAGUGCUUUUUGUAAAUACAUGGAACUUUUAAAAAUA